AUGAAUAAUAAUUUUGGAUCACAUUUCCAUCUAAAAACUGAUUUACACAUUUUACCAUAAUCAGAAGUCUACAUUAGAUAAAUUUCUUAAGAAGUAUAUUCUUUCCAUAUAUUCAAGGAUGAUGCGAUUUGUAAUAAUCAUGUUCGAACUUACAGUUUAGGAAUUGAAAAGGCCUCAUCAGAUAAAUUCAAUACAAUCUCCUAACUUGAUACUGGGAAACAUGAACUUAACUAAGCCAUUCCACUCCUUGUCAAAUAAGUAUAAUUUUAUUCUCGAAUAUUAGUAAACGGGAUCAGAAUUCUAAAUUAAUGUUGAUAAUCUAAUUCAAUUCAAUCAAUAAUGUAUUUAAAAAUCAUAUCAUAUAGCUUUAACAUUUAUGAACUCCAAUUAUAUAACCAACAAUUUUAUUAAACUGGGAUCCAAUAAUGAAUUCUUAUAAAAUGAAGAUGAUAAUAAUCGACCAUUUACUCCACCUUAAGAAGAAAAUAAUGUUGAGAGCAAAAUCAUAAAUAAUGUAAUGAUAUCUCCUAGAAAAUCUUGCAAAUUCAAAGCUGCCGGAAAUCUAGUUUUAGGAAUAAGGAGAUUAUAAUAAAAUGUUGUUGAAUAAAUUACAUCUUCAGUACUAUUUAUAGAUAUUAGGAAUAAUUUUAUGAAAAAUUCAACCCAAGCCCUUGUUAAACUACAAAAAAUAUUCAUAAAGUUCAUCCUAUAUAAGAAUCUAAAGAUUUAUAAGUCUUGGAUAGGCUUAACCAAUUUAAAUUAGUUUUCCAUCUAACUUAACAUUCUUAGUCAGGUUCAUCUGAAGAUAUUUAAUAGAUGAUGAAAAUAAUAUAAAAAGAUCCAAAAAGGUAUGCAUUAUUUUAUUAUUAAAAAUAGAAACCUUACGAAUCCUUAAGACCCAAAUCAUAUUAUAAAUUAAUUUAAUCAAUAUGGAUAAAAUUCAUUAUAUAUUGCAUGCAAAAAUGGAAAUGAUAAAGUAGUUAAGUAUUUAUUAUCACUUGAUUGCAAUGCUCAUAUAAAAAGUAGAGUCUAUGAUGAUCUAACUGAAAGUCCAUUAGAUGUUUCAGUAAGAUGGCAUCAUUACGAAUGUGUUAAAUUACUUUUAAAUUAAAUAAAAUAUAAUGACACAGAUUUGAGAUCAGCUCUAAAGAUUAGUUAAAAUCCAGAAAUUACCAAUUUAAUCAAAAGAAAAAUGAGUUCCUCAUUAUUCUCCUGUUGUCUCUGA